AGUGCAAUUGACUACUGGAGUCAUUUUUUGCGAAUUAGACUCGAUUCGCUCUCUGAUUUCAGCGCCACUGCAUCCGCAGGUGACUUGAACGUCCUCAAGGCCUUUGAUGACGAAGUAGUCUAUCUGCGCACUGCAAUACGCGCCAUCCAUGCGCGGCGCAAUCACACAAUCCCCACAUGCCGCUUACCACCAGAGAUCCUGGAUAAUAUAUACUCUUUUCGGGUGGUAGUUGAUUUGCCGCGGAAACAGAACCUGGGAUGGAUCAAAGUCUCACAUGUGUGCAGUUACUGGAGAGAUGUCGCUCUCGAGAACACAAACUUGUGA